AAAAUAUCUCUAAGCGAUGCGGCGGGUUCCUGAGGAAGCUCAGCCUGCGAGGCUGCAUUGGUGUCGGGGACUCCUCCUUGAAGACCUUUGCACAAAACUGCCGAAACAUCGAACACUUAAACCUCAAUGGGUGCACAAAAAUCACUGACAGUUUGUCUGCUUUUUCACAGCACGUGUUAUAGCCUUAGCAGAUUCUGUUCCAAGCUGAAACAUCUGGAUCUAACUUCUUGUGUGUCCGUUACAAACAGCUCUCUAAAAGGGAUCAGCGAGGGCUGCCGAAACCUAGAGUACCUGAACCUCUCGUGGUGCGAUCAGAUCACAAAGGAUGGCAUCGAGGCCCUGGUGCGAGGCUGUCGGGGACUGAAGGCUCUGCUCCUGAGGGGCUGCACUCAGUUAGAAGAUGAAGCUCUGAAACACAUUCAGAAUUACUGCCAUGAGCUCGUGAGCCUCAACUUACAGUCCUGCUCACGCAUUACGGACGAAGGCGUGGUGCAGAUCUGCAGGGGCUGCCAGCGGUUGCAGGCUCUCUGUGUGUCUGGUUGCAGCAACCUCACAGACGCCUCGCUCACGGCCCUGGGCCUGAACUGCCCGAGACUUCAGAUCCUGGAGGCUGCCCGAUGUUCCCAUCUGACUGACGCAGGCUUUACANGACUCUUUCAGAAUUGUCAUGACCUAGAGAAGAUGGACCUGGAAGAAUGCGUCCUGAUCACAGACAGCACGCUGGUCCAGCUCGCCAUUCACUGUCCGAAACUGCAAGCCCUGAGCCUAUCGCACUGCGAGCUCAUCACAGAUGAUGGGAUCCUGCACCUGAGCAACAGCACCUGCGGGCACACACGGCUCCGGGUGCUGGAGCUGGACAACUGCCUGCUCAUCACCGACGCGGCCCUGGAGCACCUGGAGAGCUGCCGGGGCCUGGAGCGCCUGGAGCUCUACGACUGCCAGCAGGUCACCCGCGCUGGCAUCAAGAGGAUGCGGGCUCAGCUCCCUCACGUCAAAGUACACGCCUACUUUGCACCUGUCACCCCACCCACGGCAGUGGGAGGGAGUGGACAGCGGCUGUGCAGGUGCUGUGUUGUUCUCUGACAGUAUGCCCCUCCCCAAGGCAGCGUGGCCUCCUUUCGCCAGAGAAGACGGGGUCCUCCUGACCACCUCCUCACACCCAAAUCCGUGACACGCCACUGGAAAGGCUCCGACAGGUGAAAGACUUCUGGGGGGCUGCACUAACUUUGCUGACAGUUCUCACCUCCACCCGGCUCUAAUGCAGUCAGUCACAGCCUAGUGUCAGGUAACACGUGGCGAGUGGCCUUGGUGCAGCCAGGACCGGGUGGGAAACCUCCCAUCUCCCAACUCCUGGCUGGUGGGCGCCUGACUAGGUACAAGUCAUACCCCUCGGAUCUAUCAGCAUUCCUCAAACAGACCAUCAGUGUUAGCACAAAUUGAGCAGAAAAAAACAAGCUGUUGAUUUUCUACUUGAAACUUAAGAAGCCAGUGGCCUACUUUAAUUCACGAGUCCAUUUUAAUCAGCAGGAUUCUUUCCACUUUGGAGACUAAAAAGGAGCAUUAUCAAAGUGAGUGUACUGCCUGCUUGUGUUCUACUUGUGUGGAUGGCAUGUCCAUUGGUUUCCAUGAGACACCAAAGAAACGACUCCAAGUGGUGGAGCAGGGUCUUCACCCUUCUGCUUCCGUCAACUUGCUGAAGACACUCCGGGGACCAAAACCUAAGCAAGCGCAAUUCAGUGUGGGCUGCCGGUCGGAACCCCAGGCCCUGGCCUAUGCGAUAUGGAGCACAUUAGGCACUUCCAGUAAAGGAAAGAGUGUGUCCACAUCUCUCACCAACUCUGGGGAACCUCAAAGAAAUAUAAUUAAGGCUUUCAACAUUCACUGGUGUAACCAAUUAAAAAUAAUGGAUGCAUGUAGAAUGGAUGCGGUUUUUUUCCCCAAGUUUAUUUUAAAAUCUUAUAAGUCAAGUUACACCAGAACUACUUUUUUAAAAAUCCUUACACUUUAAACUCAGAUCAGUAAAGUUGUUGGCACCUUUUACUCAUAAAAGUAAAAUGAAUAAACCACUGAAAUGUUAAAAAAAAAAAUUAACCAAGAAGGUUUUAUUGCUUUAAUCUGACAAAUCUGAACAAAAGCGUUUUUGAAAUCCGGACCUUUCCUACAUGUGACACGGCCUGAUGUUUUCUGUUGUGGCUGGUUCCUGCUGCUACUGUCCGCAUUGGUGAGCUUUACCGAAGAGGAGGGGCCCGUCGCUCCCCAAGCCAGGAGCUCAUCAGAUCAGCGUCUGCACUGACCCUGUAAAACCCCCGAGGAGACAUUUCCGUGAACCACCACCCCGACACACUGCCUCAGCCAGAUGCCAGGAGGCCAGGGUCACUACGACUACCGCACCCCAACAAGUUCAGUGUAGCAGGAUGUACUCAAGCCCUACUGGCUUUAUUGCUUUGUGAUCUACUUCAGUGUCCCUUGGUCUAUAGUCUGUGUGUACAGCACAGCAGUUCAAUGAUGUCUAUGCCACUGUGUGUCGAAAAAAGAUGCAGGAAGCCAUCUAAAUAAACAAAUGAAUACGUAACAGAUUUGCCUCAGUGAUUGAGUUAGUCUUAUGUGUUAGAAGCCCUGGACCCGGUGCUCAGUGACAGGUGAUCAUGCAAACAAACCAUCUGCUUCCUCCUGGAAUGUGGGAGUUACAUCACUAGAAUAACCUGCCCUCGGUGUGAUCUGCUUUGUGAGAACAGACAAAGGAAGAAGCACCCCUGUGAGUCUAUGGUUUGCACAGGACUGGCAAUGACACUGCACAGGUGGCUUUAAAUGAGACACAAGUUUGCAAAACAACUGGAAAACAUUUAUUACACUGAAAUGUGUACAUCCUACUGUUAAAAAAAUAGCAAAUAUGCUGGUGCCAUAAUUUAACCUGUUUCAUUGGGACAGACUAAUGUUCAAUACUGCUCAAAUAGUUCUUAGUUUGAUGAGCUUUUAAUUAUUUUUAUUCCACUUCUAAAACCUGAUGAAUUAAAAAUAGCACACAGCAUUAAAUGGCAUUUGCUCCAAAAUUCUUGAGACACAAAGGAACGCUAAGUAGACCAGUGAAAUGCUAAAACAAGAGGGUAGCCCACUUCUUUCUCAAGUGACAGGGACAGAAAACACCUGGCCACUGGCCAAACAAAUGCAAAGGGAGAUGGGCAAGGAAACCUGUCCUCCGCCAGGUCCACAGGAGCCACACACACUCGCAAACCGAAGAUGGGCACAUGUUGAGACAAUGCUGCUUUAUAUUACAGAGGGAACCACUUGAUGGAUCGGAGAAUGUCAGAGCGCUCACCCACUGUAUUUUCUCUUCUGGAAGAAAUUCCAAAUACAUAAUUGUUCCUAUUUCCCUCUAAACAAAGAUGAUCAGACAGUACAUUCAAAGCCAGAAUACUUGGGCACAUGGACAGAGUUUAAUUAAAAUGGGACAUGUGAAAGGGCUUCAAAAAGUUCAUGGAAAAUGAAAUAAUGAUUUCUCAACUUUUUUGAAGCCCUCAAGGUUUUCUUUAAAAUUCAGUCUGUUACACCACAGACCUCAAAAAAUGCUUGAUGAAUUUCACUCAAACAGCUCUUGAGUGAAAGGUGAAAUGAGAAGAGAGAUUUCCUUGAAAAGUAUACUAAUAGAAAAGCGCUUGGUUUUUGUGAAAGAGGCAUUAUUUUUUAUAGAAAAUAAAGCCAUUGGGUGGUGUCUAAGAAGUCCCUAAUUAAUAACCAGAAUUUUUCAUCGUGAUUGUACUAAAGCUUGGUAUUGGAGGAGAGGAGUAGGGAUGCCCUCUAGUGUCUGAUGUGUGACAAGCUAGCGCUCCAGGAGCAGUUUUAUCUCCUGGAUAACUAAGCCUCCUGAACACCAAGUCAGAAGCUGCCAAUGAUACUAUUUCCCCUCCCUGCUGAGGUCACUCAUUUUCAAUGUCUGGGGUAGGACAGAGCUUUAAAAAGUACAAGAGAGAAGAGGAUACCCACAUGAAUUUUAAAGGCAAUGGGGCUUUAAAAAGGAAAAACCAGAGGCUAAAAUGCUAAAAAUGGAAGAAGCAAAACAUUUUUCAAUAAAACUGACAAAGCAAAACACAAGUCUUUGUACCUAUUAGGAUUUACACUGAUCCUCUCACCAAGGUACUCCUGAUAAUGCAGUUUGCUUGAAACCCACCUUCCUGGCUUGAUCCCAUCAGACACACACACUUAGAAUUUCCUCUGAGAAGGUGCAGAGCCCCCCAGCCCCGACCACCGACUCACUGUCAAUACAGUGUCUCCCCACAAAUUCUGUCCUGGCUCCACACAGCGCUGCCCACCCCCGCCUGUCAGCAGAAGGUCCAGGCAAUAAAAGCCAAACUGGCACAGAAAGGUAAAUGCCCACAGUAAGUUUUUACAUUCAUCUCCAAGCCUCGUACAGUGUGAAAGAAGCAAGGCUGCUUCUAGUGACGUUAUCUACUGGCCUCUGCCAGAGAAGCAGGCAGCUCUGUCCGCAGUGGGCCUCCAAGCCCAUGGGCUUUUCCACCGGGCUCGCUCUGACCAGGACGCUCGGCUGUGGCAGUGACGGCGAGGAGUCAGUCGCCUCAUACAGCUCAUUUGAAGGUCAUCUAAUGUUUUCAAUAUGAAACAUUUUAUACGGUAAAAUCCAAUUCUGAGACUUCUUGGAUUCAGUCUUCACACACCUUUAAGCAUGACUUAUUUGGUACAGAAUAAAAGUUCAAUCUAUAUAGGACAAGGACAUCACUUCAAGAUUAUGUAGAUGCCGCCACCAUUUUCAGCUGCCAAAAAAGGAAAGAGUGAUUUAACAAUUUUAAACUAUUAUCUUCUUCCCUCUAAUUCAGAGACUAGCUUUCUCCAGGCACCUCUGUGCACACGUCCCCUUUCUUAGUGCGCUUUUCGACGACCAGCUGCAGACACACCCCAUGAAGACGGGAGGGAAGCAGGAUGGGCAGCCUACAGCCAGCUCUUCGGAAGGUCCCCCCACCCCCCUUGGGGGGGGAUGGAGCGGAUUCCUUAGCAGCACUAUUGCCUGGCAGCCUUGUGUUGCUCAGUAAAAGGUGAGGAGUGGGACGUCUGAAAACCAGUUACCUAGGACGGGAGGGGAAGGGACUCCGUCUGCCAAUUUCACCAAACACUGCAGAGUUAGACUGAGCAAGACAUGCAUGGUUUUGAAAGUAGGUAAAGUGAAAGCAUGCUUUUAGGCUGCCCUUUCUAGAUCGACUGCACUAAAAUAUCCCUCUUCCACCCUACCUUUCACUGUGGGAAUGCACCAGUACCCAUUCGAAGCCCUCUAGUGACCUUACCAUGGCUGAGAACGUCCAAAUUUACCCAAUGACUUUUUAGGCCUUUCCUGAGUCAUGGGCUGAUAGAAUUAACUGCCUACAGAACUGUUGAUUGCUUUACCCUCAAUCUUAGUGACCUUGUCAAUGGGAUGAUCAGUCGUACUCAAUCAGAGGCCAGGGGCUCAGCCUCCUCCUUCCUCACACUCAAAUGUGGGGCCGUUUAUAAAUCUAUGGGCUACCCCCACAUCUCACCUGGAUGACACCUCUUGCCUCCAGUUUGCUGUCUUCCACAAAGUAGCUAGAGUAAAAAAUCUGAUCAUACCACUUCUCUGUUAAAACGAUUUCAUUAGCUUCUCAAUAAAGGCCCUCUUUCCAUUGCACAGUCACCCACAUGCCUUGGAAGGCUCCCUGGCCAUCUCUGCAUUCAUGAAAACCUCUUCAGUAAGGCCUGCCUUUCCUGAUGCUUACUUAGCCACCACCCCGUAUGUCCCUUAAAAGACAAUUCUAAUUUUAGUUUGAUUUUCCCGCAACUAUUGCUAUUUUGUUCAAACCAACUAACUCCCAAAGUAUGGUGUCUGACACAAAGUGCUCGGAAAACAAUGGUUAAAUGAAUUGUGACUCUUUCCUGUCAUCUACUCCAGCCACUGGAGAGGAGAUUUUCCAAGAAUAAGACACAAUACAAGAGGGCUGCAGCUUAGGCACACCUUCUCAUUUCAAUUCCAGCACACAUGCAAAGUACCUUUGAUUGUAGAGAAUAAGAAACAGCUCUCAUCUUGAAAAUUCUGAACCAUCUAGGAAGAAAGCAGAUGUACAGAAUAAUAAAAAUUCACUUGUCAGUCUGUAUCUUAUUGAACAAAUUUAGGCACUGUUUAUGGAUGGAGUGAGGUAGUAAAGAUGCAUACACACUGCAUUGGUAGACCUGUCGGAACUGUGCCUACCCCCGGAGAGAGCCCUCCCAUCACCUGCGUGACCUACUGGGAAGCGUGCUGCUUGCAGGUUCUGUGACUCUCUUAACGGAGUCAAUUUAGUCUUAUGUGCAGUUUAAAACUAGUCCCCAAAUAGGGAGCGCAAAUCCCAGUGCCUCUCGACAUGAAAAGGGCCAGAGCCUGGAGUGGAUCCAACAGUGUUGGGGAGAGGGAGCCCCUGUGUUCCUCAGCACUAGGCUGCUUGAAGCUCUUCAUUAAAUGCUGAAAAACUGUUCCUUUGCACUUUGGGAAGAAUUUUCACGAGUAUUUGCAGAGCAAGUCCUACAGUGUAUCAAAGUAAAUCAUCGGAGUAAUCGCCAGGGAAGAGGAGAUGGGCACUACUUACCUGAUCGCUAACAAGAAUGUGAAUGCCAGUGGGACCUUGUCUGUAAACAUGGUUAAUUUGGUGCAAAGGAAUAUUAAACACCAUCGCAAGUUUUCGAGCAACUUCUGAGGCAACCAUUUCUUCCAAGUAGAUGGCAUGAUAAACUGAAAUAAAAAGAGCAGCAUUUUCACAGUAA